GUGUUAAGAAAAAAUAUUCAAAAGUAAAAUAUUCAAGUACGUGGCGGAAGUGUGGGAGAGAGAGGCAAUCGAAUGCAACUGAAAAUGACAUUGAGAAAUCGUAAACGAUAUCAAGGCUUGCGAGUUGGCAAAGUUCUUUGUCUGUUAACGGUUUUCCUGGUUUAUCUGGCCCUACCUAGAGCAUUUGCCGAAGGCGAUGAAGAAGAAGAUGGUCCAUAUCAGGGAAAGUAUCUGGGCAAGCUCAACUCAUAUCAUCACCAGGUCUCGGGCGAUGUCUACGCCGUGAAUGAGUACACUUUUCUGAUUGUGGGCUUUAAUUACGAUGGCAAUGGAGCUGAUACCUUCUUCUGGGCAGGAGCAAGUAAUCGACCGGGUCCACAGGGAUUUAUAGUACCCGAUGAGCAUGGCAAAACCAACAUCUUGGAUCGUUAUCAUAACAAAGACUUUACAUUGACCCUGCCCGAUCGCAAAAAGAUGACCGAAAUCAAGUGGUUGGCCAUCUACGAUCUGAAUAAUCAAAACAAUUUUGGCGAUGUCUAUAUACCCGAGGAGUUUGAACCUCCCAUCGCCCAGUCGGGUGGCACCUUCUCCAAGCGCAGUCACAAUGUGAGCAGCAGCAGUAUUGAGAUUCUGGAUUCCAAGACUAUAAGGAUAAAGGAUUUCACUUACGAUGGUCUAGGCAAAAGGACAUUCUUUUGGACCGGCGUGGGAGCACAGCCAUCGAGUCGUGGCAGCAAAAUGCCUGAUGAACGCGGAUAUCUGGAUCCCAUUCGAAGGUACAACAAGGAGACCAUCGAAUUGGAACUGCCUGGCGAUAAGACCAUCUUUGAUAUCGAUUGGAUAAGUGUGUACGAUGUGGCUGACAAUGAGAACUAUGGACAUGUGCUCAUCUCGGAUGGCCUGAAUGUUCCACCCUCGUUGGUGAAGGUAACUCCCUAUGAGUUCUCUCUGCCCAAUUGUCGGCAAUUGCACAAGGAUAUGCAAGUUUCGUGGGAAGUGUUUGGUCCACAAAUCACAUUCCAACUGUCGGGACAGGUGGCCAAGACAGAUUACAUGUCCUUUGGCAUUUCGGGAUCCGAUGUUUCCAGCCAAAUGAUUGGCGCAGAUGUUGUGGUCGCCUAUAUAGACGACAUCAGGGGCUAUACGGUGGACUAUAACAUCACCUCGUUGGCACCUUGUGUACAGGUGUUGGGUCAAAAUAAGGGCGUGUGUCGUGAUGAUGUUGUUGGAGGACUCGAUAGUUUCCAAUUGAAUACCUACAGCCGUAAGGAUGGCAUCAAUACAAUCAGUUUCAGGCGCACCCUCAAGUCGUCUGAUGAUGGUGACAAAGAGAUCUUUCUGGAUCGCAGCAACUAUGUUGUCUGGGCAUUUGGACAACUCGACUCAAACAAUGAGCCUGCCUUCCACACUUAUUAUCCAAAAAGUGAUAUAGUCAUUGAUUUUAAUACCACGGAGCCGGUCAAUGAUUGUUUCAGUUUCACCAAACGAAUGGAGGCCCCAGUGCAACUAUGGGAAAGGACUCGAAUCUCAGAUCCAACUGUGCGAACUUUCAAUGCAUACCUAGGACCUUCCGGUGGUCUGCGCGGCUAUCAGGGUUUGACGGGUCACGUGUCCAGUGGCUUAGCCUGGUAUAUCAAUGGCUAUAUGAUACCAGAACUGUACUUAAAGCGUGGCCUCACCUACACUUUUAGGGUGCGUGGCGGCAAUAAUCCGCAUUCGCCGGAGUACUAUCAUCCAUUGGUCAUUACGGAUGAUCCCCAAGGCGGCUACGAUCGUCUCUCGGAUGCCAAGCAGAGUGAGAUUCGAGUGCUGGCUGGUGUGGAGUUCACGCGCCGAGGACGUCCCAAGGCAGCGGCAGCUGGUCCUCUCUGCAUAUCCCGCUAUCCAUCCAACUAUGAUCGUCGGCUGGAUGACCAUUUUCCUACCUUCAAGAAAUUUAACCGGUCUCUGGUGACCGAGUGCAGUGACGAGGCGCCCGCGUUGCUCGACAUUACUCCCAAUAUAACAUGGCCGGAUACGGUCUACUAUAAUUCAUUUACCCACGGCAAUAUGGGCUGGAAGAUACACAUUAUCGACAACUAUAGCAACCUGCGUGGUGGAGCCAACUCCAACGUGUCGAGGUGGAGUUGGAGUUGGUGGGGUUCGUUAUUACUAGUGCAACUCCUGCUAGUGCUACACUGACUGUUUCCUUAAGUAAAGUUUCUCCAUAAAUAUUUGUAAUAUUUAUCAGUCACAAAAAAUAUAUUCGUAUGUACAAUACUCGUGUGAAAUCUCAGCAUAGAUUUAGUAGUUAUAAAAUGAAAUGUUUUACCUUAGAAAACAAUUCCCAAUCGAUUAAAACUCAAAAAUA